GUCCUGCUAGAGUCCGGGCCGACAAGAAAGCCUUUCCAGGAGGCAAGCAAGGCAAGGAGUGGAGAAUCCAAGGGACACUGAAGAAAUGAUGACUACAAUGAAGAGAGAGCUGUUGUGCGUACUGCUGCUUUGUGGAGCAGUCUUCACUCUGCCCGGGCAGGAAAUCCACAGGCGAUUCAGAAGAGGAGCCAGAUCAUCCAGAGUGACCUGCAGAGAUGAAAAAACCCAGAUGAUAUAUCGGCAGCAUGAGUCUUGGCUGCGUCCCAUGCUCAGAAGCAACCGUGUAGAAUACUGCUGGUGCAACAGCGGCCGGUCGCAGUGCCACUCUGUGCCCGUGAAAAGUUGCACCGAACCGAGAUGCUUCAAUGGGGGGACAUGUCGGCAGGCUCUAUAUUUCUCAGAUUUUGUCUGUCAGUGCCCUGAAGGAUUUAGUGGGAAACUCUGUGAAAUAGAUGCCAGAGCUACCUGCUACAAGGACCUAGGUGUCACCUACAGGGGCACGUGGAGCACCGCGAAAAGUGGGGCCGAGUGCAUCAACUGGAACAGCAGCCUGCUGGCCCGGAAGUCCUACAACGGACGGAGGCCAGAUGCCAGCAAGCUGGGCCUCGGGAACCACAAUUACUGCAGAAACCCAGACAAAGACUCAAAACCUUGGUGCUAUGUCUUCAAGGCAGGGAAGUACGUCCCGGAGUUCUGCAGCACACCCGUCUGCUCCCAGGAAAAAAAUGGGGACUGCUACGUUGGAAAAGGAUUAGCAUACCGUGGCACCCACAGCCUCACCGUGUCUGGUACUUCCUGCCUCCAGUGGGAUUCCAUGGUCCUGAUAGGCAAGAUCAACACAGCGUGGAAGACCGACGCCCAGACGCUGGGCCUGGGCAAACACAAUUACUGCCGGAAUCCAGACAGGGAUACCAAGCCUUGGUGCCACGUGCUGAAGGACCGCAAGUUGACGUGGGAGUACUGUGACAUUCCCCAGUGCUCCACCUGUGGCCUGAGACAGUACAAGCGGCCUCAGUUUCGCAUUAAAGGAGGGCUCUUCUCGGACAUCACCUCCCACCCGUGGCAGGCUGCCAUCUUCGUCCAGAACAAGAGGUCGCCAGGAGAGAGGUUCUUGUGCGGGGGAAUCCUGAUCAGCUCCUGCUGGGUCCUGUCCGCGGCCCACUGCUUUCUGGAGAGGUACCCUCCCCACCACCUCAAGGUGGUCCUGGGCAGAACAUACCGGGUGGAACCUGGAGUGGAAGAGCAGAAAUUUGAAGUCGAAAAAUACAUCGUUCAUAAGGAAUUCGAUGAAGACACUUACAACAAUGACAUUGCACUGCUGCAGCUGAAAUCGGAUUCGCCCCAGUGUGCCCAGGAGACUGGCUCCGUCCGCACCGUCUGUCUCCCGGAAGCCGACCUGCAGCUGCCCGACUGGACGGAGUGUGAGCUUUCUGGCUACGGCAAGCACGAGGCGUCUUCUCCUUUCUACUCUGAGCGGCUGAAGGAAGCGCAUGUCAGGCUGUAUCCCUCCCACCGCUGCACGUCUCAGCAUUUACUUAACAAAACCGUCACGAGCAAUAUGCUGUGUGCUGGAGACACGCGCAGUGGAGGGAACCAAGCAAACCUGCAUGAUGCCUGCCAGGGUGACUCAGGAGGGCCCUUGGUGUGCAUGAAGGACAACCACAUGACUUUGGUUGGCAUCAUCAGUUGGGGUCUUGGCUGCGGGCAGAAAGAUGUUCCAGGUGUAUACACCAAGGUUACUAAUUACCUAAAUUGGAUUCAAGACAACAUGCGCCCAUAACUAAGAACACCCAGUUCCCUGACGUCAUGGCAGACCUCACCUUCCUCCACUUCAGAAGACACACCAAGACGGCGCCUCCUUACACGGACUUCUCCUCGAGCCAUCACACAGUACCCGUGGGGGGAGAACCAGCAGAAGAGGGGAGAGGAUAUAUUUUCAUAGGUACUUCCCUCUUCGGAAGUCCUCCGGGGUUAAGGUCUGAUAUCAGAAUGUAUUCUGUGAGAUGAAAAGACAGAUGAAUGCCAACCCCUCCCAGACCACCACCAUCCAGGGCAAAUAGGUAGAACAAAAGCCUAACCACUAAUGUAUCCAUGCCAACAGCUUUGGAAGUGGGACCACAGAGAAAAAAGCAUGUCUUUGUAAUAAAACUCAACAAGAUCCUUCAGGAAAGAAGUAUUGCAUUAGAAACCGAAUGUCUAUUUAUAGUGACAAGGAAGCCCAGCAGAGGCCUGGGCCUCCUAAGGAAUGGGCUAGCUGGCCAGGUCACGUUCUUCAAACGUGAUCCUUUAAAUCAAGUAUUUGGCUACCCCCUUUCUCCACUCUACAGCUCUUAGAGGGAAUCCCUUUUGUGUACAGUGUAAAUGUUUUUUUUCUUUAUAAUAGAAGAAUUGUACCAUUUUAAUAACUGAUCAUCUAGGCUAUAGCAUAUUUAUGUCAGUUCAUUGUAGUGUUUACUUUCUGUUGCCACAAUUUUGUAUUAUACUAUACUGAAAUAAUAAAUUAAAAUUUAUUUUUCACAUA